AUGAACAAGGACACAAAUAUCAUAUUAAUCGGAAAUAUUAAAACUAAUGAUGAGAUAGUAGUACCAGAUACAGUCGAUACUCAAUAUCAAUUAAUAUUAAUCUUUUUAGAUUCACUCUUAAAUCUAUCGGCGAUACUUUUAAACAAAUCAGAAUCAUACACAAUCUAUAUUCAAGAAAGUCAAUUCAAAUACACGUUUGACUAUUUCAAACAAACACACAUCAUUAAUAACAAACGAUAUCAUUUAAUAUCAAGAUUUACAAACAGUAAUAAGAUCAAUGAUGUAUAUUUAGUGUGUGGUACUGAUGAUAAUUCUUUUGAUAAAAGAUUGGUAAGAUCAUUUUUCAAAGUAAUUAAUCAAUUGACAAUCAUAAAACUAACAAAAUCAAUUCAAAAGUAUGUUUAUAAAAAGAUAAACUAUAAAGAUAAUCAGAAAUCUUAUGAAAGAGCUGAGAAUGAAAUCAAAUCAAUGAAAUUACUCAAAGGUAAUCAAAGAUUUGUUCAACUUGUUGACUAUCAUCAUGAUAAAGACAAUCAAAUCUUUCAUAUCAUCACUCAAUAUUGUAAAGAUGGUGAUCUUUCUCAAAAGUAUAAACAUUUAACUGAUCUAAAUCUAUAUGAAUAUAUUACAAUUAACCACAUUUAUAUUGAACAUAAAAAUAGAAUCUUUGAAGAAUCAGAUAUUAGUCGAUAUAUUUCAGAACUUUCCAAUAUUCUUUUGGAUCUUGAAAAACAUGGAAUUGUUCAUUGUGAUAUCAAACCAUCAAACAUAUUCAUUGAUUAUGAAUUUUAUGGUACUAUGAUUCUUGGUGAUUUUGGAUGUUGUAAAUUCAUUGAUCAAUCAACAAUCAUUGGAUAUCAAGAUUCAAAUGUAUUUUUCAAGGCACCUGUUGUCAUAACAAGUGUUUCAAAUUCGAAAGAAAUAUCAGAUCCAACUAUUUUUGAAAUGUAUCCAAACACACUUAUAAAUGCAACUCGUGGAACAAUUGGUUAUAUUGCACCAGAAGCAAUGAAACGACAAUAUGCACAAUCAUGUGACAUCUUUUCAAUUGGAUCAACAAUUCUCAAAUUAUUAUGUUGUUUUAUAUACACUCUUUUCUGGAACGCUGAUAAACCUAUAAAUAGUAUUAAUGUACUCUAUUCAUCAACUGCAACUGUUAUUGGUCCAGUUAAAUAUUCUAAAGAGUGUAUGUAUUACAAUAGAAAUAUCAUUUUGAAAUAA